CGUGGCUGCUGCUUCACUGCUCCAUCACUUCAAUGACCGCUUCGUUUCUCAAUGUAAAUUAACUACGUUGGCGACCUCUAGGUCGCCUUUUUAAUCACACAGACACUUUUUUGUAAAUCUCUUGUGUCGUCGGAACAUUUUUGUGUCACAAAGGAAACUUCCAAGCAGCUGUGGCUAAGUUUUCGUCGAGCGGUUUGUGUAGUGAAGAACGCGUUAGCUCGUUCAGCUAGCAGCAGCUUUCUUCUGGUUCCCAGCAUCUACUGGAGUCGGCUAGCACUGUAAUUCGUGGGCUUUUACAUGGUUUUUGUGCCUCCUAACGUGAACUGCCACUGAUGGAUUAGCAGAGCGAUUUUAUCUCGUAGAUGAACGGAGAAUAUCGGAAAGGUUCAGUUUAAGUGCCUGAGCUGUCACGAGGAUGAGCAGUAAGCGCAGCUUAUUCGUGCGGCUGGUGCCGUGCCGCUGCCUGCGGGGCGAGGAGGAGCCCGUCACUUCCCUGGAUUACUCGCACUGCAGCCUGGAGCAGGUCCCUAAAGAGAUCUUCAGCUUUGAGAAGACCCUGGAGGAGCUCUACCUUGAUGCCAACCAGAUUAAUGAGCUGCCCAAACAACUUUUCAACUGCCAGUUGCUUCAGCGGUUGAGUCUACCAGACAACGAUCUGGCGGUCCUGCCGCCGGGCCUGGCAAACCUCAUCAAUCUCAGGGAGCUGGACAUCAGCAAGAACAACAUCCAAGAGUUUCCUGAAAAUAUCAAGAACUGUAAAGUCCUGGCCAUAGUAGAAGCAAGUGUGAACCCUAUAUCCAAGCUCCCUGAUGGUUUCACGCAGCUUCUCAGUCUGACGCAGCUCUACCUGAACGAUGCCUUCCUCGAGUUUCUACCGGCAAGCUUUGGCAGACUAACCAAGCUGCAGAUCCUGGAGCUGCGGGAGAACCAGCUAAAGAUGUUGCCAAAGAGCAUGCAUAAGCUCACGCAGCUGGAGCGGCUGGAUCUGGGGAGCAAUGAGUUCACUGAAGUGCCUGAGGUUUUGGAGCAGCUCAAUGGAAUCAAAGAGCUGUGGAUAGAUGGAAACAAAUUGACAUUUUUACCCGGGAUGAUCGGGGCACUGAAGCAGCUCUGCUACCUGGACGUGUCCAAGAAUAACAUUGAGAUAGUGGAUGAAAAGAUAUCUGGAUGUGAAAACCUGCAGGAUAUUCUGUUGUCCAACAAUGCUCUGGCGCAGCUGCCGGGAUCUAUAGGUUCACUGAAAAGACUGUCUUCUCUAAAGGUGGAUGAUAACCAGCUCAUGUACCUCCCCGACACGAUAGGAGGUCUCACUGCUCUGGAAGAGCUCGACUGCAGCUUCAAUGAGAUCGAAGCCCUUCCAGACUCCGUCGGCAAGUGUGUCAAUCUGCGAACGUUCGCUGCCGACCACAACCUGCUCACUCACAUGCCUUCAGAGAUGGGCUGUUUGAAGAACGUCACAGUGCUCUUCCUGCACUCCAACAAGCUGGAGUUUCUGCCCGAGGAGAUGGGCGACAUGCUGAAGCUCAAGGUCAUCAAUCUCAGCGACAACAAGUUGAGGAACCUUCCUUACAGUUUCACUAAGCUCAACCAGAUGACUGCAAUGUGGCUGUCUGAAAACCAGUCAAAGCCGCUGAUUCCUCUACAGAAAGAGGAGGAUCUAGAGACACGCAAGACUGUUCUCACCAACUACAUGUUUCCUCAACAGAGCAGAACUGAAGAAUAUGUGCCCAACUCUGACAGCGAGAGCUUUAACCCGUCCCUGUGGGAGGAGCAACGCAAGCAGCGGGCACAAGUGGCGUUUGAGUGUGACGAGGACAAAGACGAGAGAGAGACACCCACACGGGAGGGCAAUCUAAAGCGCUACCCCACGCCGUACCCCGAUGAGCUGAAGAACAUGGUGAAAACAGCUCAGUCUGUGGCACACAGACUGAAAGAGGACGAGUCCGGUGACGAGGCAGGAAGAGAGGGCAGAGUCGGCGAGAGGAAUCAUAUUGGCGUGCAGGAUGUUGGAGUGAAGGUGAUUGAAGGUCCAUGCAGCAAUGGGAUGGAGCCCAAAGCAAAUGUGAACUUUCUCCAAAACCAUGAACCACGAGACACAAUAGACUACACUGUUGAGAGGAUUCCUCUCAAGACCUCAGAUAAGAUGACAGCUAUGGUUAACCAUGAUGACACCCUCGAGGACUCAGAGGAGCUGUCGUCCGAGGAGGAUGAAAUGAAGAUUGCUGAGAUGAGACCUCCACUCAUCGAGAUCUCCAUUAACCAGCCCAAAGUAGUGGCCCUGAUCAAGGACAAAAAGGAGGAUGGAAAGGAUGCAGACUCAUUGCUGGAUGAGACGGUUGCCAACAGCAACCAGAACAACAGCAACUGUUCAUCACCCUCACGCAUGUCUGAUUCGGUGUCAUUAACCACAGACAGCAGUCAGGACAACUCCCUUUGCACUCCAGAGAGAGAAUCCAAGAUGCCCCUCGACCCCAAGAACAGGCAAGAGGAUGAGAACCUGAACCAGUUGAAGCAAACGACUCCUCUACUUCAGAACGGUAAUGAUUCAGAAAUGUCCCUGCAGACCAUACUGAAAAACCAUCAGAGCUACGAAAGCAAAUCAGACAAGAUGGCCGACUACAACCUAGCCAUGGAGGAGAGACUUGCCCUCAUUGAGAAGGGUAUUAACAAUGGCAUGAGGGACCAGUACAGCAAGUGGGAUCAGAUCAACAUGAACGUGGCCAAAUUCCCACCUGACAAUAUGGUGACGUACGAGGACCUGGAGAGGACCAAAGUUUCAUCACCUAAAGUGUCAAGCAACAACAACGCCACGGUAUCGCUGGAGAACCUUGAGAACGGGAAUGGGCUUCCAAAAACCCAGUCUGGAGAACAUUUUUAUGGACGAUCGGAUCAAGUUCCUUUGAGAUAUGAGACUACUAGGACCGUCUCGACAGGCGUGACUGCCUUAAGUGAUAUGAGUCUUUCUCGUAGUACAGAGGAGCUGUCACCAGAGAAGAAAUGUCCACCUGCCCCCGUUGUGAAAUCUCAAAGCAUCGCCAACAUGGAUGCUGGUGGAAUGAAGCUGUACUCCAUCGAGGGUGAUAGCCCUCCGUACGAGGUGGCGUGUGCUGCCAGAACAUCUUUGUCUGGUGCUCAAGGCCAGAGUAUCGUUCGUUCAAAAUCCGCCUCUUUGCUCAACGACCAGCAAUUGCAGAUCUACCCUGGUUCUUCAGCGUCCUCCUCUGACCUCCUGUCCAGCUCAAAACCUCCAGCUAGCACCGCCCGUUAUCCUGCUGGCCCCCCGCCGCAGUACAAUGUCCAGUAUGCCUGUAGCGGCACGCCCAAAGACAAUCUAUGGGGCCAGCGCAGCCCUGUUACUCCCGAGCAACCCUACCUGCCGCCGCAGCACUCACUGGCCAACACCAACUACUCCAACCGUAACAACGCCCCUCCCUAUCCCCAGCCCCAACAACGUGGCCCACCUAAGACCCCAGACAUUUGGGCGAAAGAAAGGAUGCUGCCAUCUAGUGGCCAGCGUGGCACCUUACAGAGACAAGGUAGCGGUUCGUCUGGCGCCCCCAUGUGCAUGCCAGAUGCGCGACGGAUGCCAGGAAUGGAGGUUGAGUACAUGACCUACAGGGACAUUCACACGGCCGGCCGUGGACCCCUUCAGAUGAGCCAGGCUCUUCAUAGACCCCUGUCAGCUCGCACGUAUAGCAUGGACGGACCCAGUGCUCCCCGCCCUCAAAGCGCCAGGCCUCCACCUCACGAGCUUCCAGAGAGGACCAUGUCUGUCAGCGACUUUAACUACCAGCUCAGCAGCCCCAGCAAGAGGCCCAGUAUGAGGGUGAAGUCCGAGCACUCACUGCUGGACGGUCCGGCUGGGGGAGGCGGAAGGGUUCCUGCAGAUUGGAGAGACCAGGUCAUGAGGCACAUUGAAGCCAAGAAAAUGGAGAAGAGAGGUCUGUCUCGGUCUUUGGCCACUCUCAAUGGCAGUCAGAUAUCUCUGGCCUUUAGCGUUGUAGAUGGACGGCAGUAUGGAGCUCAUGGGCCCAGCGAUGAUGUUUUUAGUCCUCAUGGACAACAGGGCUAUCAUAUCGACACUCUCAGAAAAGUGCCUUUGAUGAAUGGACAAAUGUGUCCUCCGGUGAGAUCUCCCAUGAGCUGCGGUCAGUCACCAAUGGCUCGUCACCCCUCCAGAGAGCAGCUCAUAGACUAUCUGAUGCUUAAAGUAUCCCAGCAGCCCUCUGGCCCUACACGGGUGUCCCAUGACAUGCUGCAGCAAGAGCUCCACGUGACGAUCGAGAAGAACCCCGAGUUGGGUUUCAGCAUAUCAGGUGGAGUCGGUGGCCGUGGAAAUCCCUUCCGCCCAGACGACUACGGUAUAUUUGUGACGAGAGUUCAGUCAGAUGGACCCGCUUCAAAGCUCCUUCAACCUGGAGAUAAAAUCCUUCAGGCAAACGGGUACAGCUUCAUUAAUGUCGACCACGGAAACGCAGUGUCCCUACUGAAGACCUUUCCCAGCACCGUCGACCUGAUCAUCAUUCGAGAGAUGGCAGCGUAGAUGAAACUGAAUCUUCACCGUCUUAUUUUUUUACCCAGAGGAGUACUUUAUAUUCAGUCUGAUGGAAACGGGCGGCUGUGGACCAUGGGUUAAAGGGGCAGAACCACUGCGUCAAGUGGGAGACGGACAAACGCCUGGAAGGAUGCGUCUUAAAGAUUUACGCCUUCACUGUGGUUAGCCUGUUGGUGUAGUUCAACCAAUAUGAAAACCUGUGCUUUUUGUAAAGAUUGUUUUUAAUUUCACCUUUUUAAAAUUUUAUUUUGAAGAAUACAACCUGCGUAGAGCUCUAGUGGGAUGUUAGGUGUAGCUGACCCUGUGAGGGCACGGCUCUCUAUCACAUCUCACUCUGUUUUUUAUUUUUCGUUUUAAAGAUUUUAAAACCACUUUCAUGAUCUAUGUGAAAUUCUGAGCUAGAAGACAACGCUAUGUGCUAGGUUUGAAUGUAGAAUUCUAUUGGUAAUAUUUGUUUAUUUGGUAGGAUUACGUUACUCAUCUGAAUGACAAGCUCACUCCUAAAUGUCAUCGGCUGACAUCUUCUCGACUUCUGUCCAUCGCUUUUUCUCCAGUGAAAUACGAGUCUUCUGUCCCCGCUAACUUGCAAUCUUUUAAGAAAGUGCUGAAAUGAUCUCUGUACGUGAAUCGUUGGAACGCUCUGAAGAACUUCAAUAAGGAUUGUGAAAGAGAAGAGACGUCAACAAAAAAAGACAUUGGACGUUGAAACUGAAACUGAAAGUGGUGCGAGCUAUCUGAACCAAAGCAUGUUGGGACUGUUGCACAGGACUGCUGGCUAAGAGAAAAGGGACUUCCUAAUAAUUAAGCAGCGGCUGGCUCGGACUACAAGAUGUCCGACGGCCCUAUUCCAAUGGCCACCAAACUGAUGUUCACAUUUCGAAAGUUGUGCGAUUUUGAACUUGGUUGUACGGAAACGGUUUUAUUCUUUGAAGAAUGUUGAUGUUUUAUCCUCUCGCGAAAACACCCUCACAUUUUUGUAGAUUUGCAGGCGUUUGCUGUAAGGGUGUCCAAGGUGGGCAGAGGAAACGUCAUGUCAAGUGCCAUAGACCCUGAACUGUCCGACCCAGAGCAAUACUCACCGAUCCACACCGCAUAUUCAGUGGCCUUAUCGGGCUGACGUAUGACACAGUGGGCGAAAGAGCAAUAGAAAGUCAUUUAAUUCCAUUCGCUGGAUGCAGUCGGUUGCGUUUUUUUAUACGUGCAAAAAUCCCAUUUAGUAUUUCUGAAUUGAUACAGCAUUUUAUAUUGUACAAAUCUUUUAAAGAUGAAAAUGUAGGAAAUGACAUUUCAGAUUUUUGGGAGAAAAAAAAUAUUUGUGAAGUCUGAAUAGUGUGCGAAUGAAUGUUUCGACAUGUCCUUAUCUGUGAACGAUUGCACUGCUGUUUCAGAAAAAUCCUACAAAGAUGAUCAUCACCAGUGUAUAUGAAAACCAUGACACCAGCUGAUAUGUAAAAAGAUUGGAUGAAGCGGCACAGCUUUGUAAAAUUAUCAUUGUAAUGUUUUUAUUUGAUGAAGUAGUUGAGUUUAAAGGCCACAAAAGGUUUUUUGCUAUUUGUACACACGUCGAGGAGAAUGACUAACUUGUACUUUGCUUAUUUGCAUGAAAUCCCUCCUUUGAUUGUUCGACACUGUAUUGAUUCUUCACUAGACUGGAGUGCUAAAUGAAUUCAGAUUAACAUAUACUGACAAUGUGACAAACCCACAAGUUUAUGGAUGUGAAGAGCACUGUCACCACUUCUGUAAGACCAUUUUUUGGCAUUUUAAUUAAUAUCGACACCAAGCCCCUACUAUGUUAUUAGGCAUUUUUGUUGCUUCGCAGUUGCAAGUGCAUUUGCCACAUUGUGCGUUGAAAAAAAACCAAACAAUUCCCCUAAAUUUUACUGUGAAAUGAUUGUGAUGUCACAAAACAGUUAUUUUUGUGGAUGCCUUUUUUAAUGACACAGUCUAGUGUAGUUGGGACUGUCAUUCUUUUUGUUUUGUCUGCACAGACUCAUUUCAAAAAGGUUGUUUUUUUACUGUCCCAUCUUUUAUUUAUUUAGUACACUUUGACUUUGAGAUUACUAAUCGAAAUGUAAAUACUUUUUUAAAAGGUUUAUGAUUUAUUCAUGGCAUUAGUGAUUGUUUUUCAAACCAGCAAUAAUUUGCAUCACAGACGCAGCCCUUUUAAUGUAUAGUUAUGUGAAAGGUUUCUCUGGAAGCAGCUACUCUUAAAAUGAUUGGUAUGCAUUUAUUCAACAUUCCAAAUUUUGUAAAUAAUUUUACUUUCCAUGGUGUCCUGUGGAGAGAAUAAAUCAACUAAUGCUCUUUCAAAAAACUUGUGUGUUUAUCUUUUUCCACAUCACAAUUUUAAUGUCCCAGUGAAAUUUAAAAUGACAAUAUUUAUCAUGACAUAUUGCAGCGUUUAUUGUCAAUAUUUGAUCAAUGAAGGUGAUUCUCUUUUUAAAACUUGUGUGCCAUCAUAAUCUUGUUAAAUCUGAAAUUGCACUUCCGUCCUUUGACUAUCCAUCUUUGGAUGACGUGUGUUAGAAGACUUGGCUGGAGCAUCUGUUAACUCCUCUCCUUCAACUGUCAGUCUCCUGCCAGUUCCAUUACAAAAUGCAACGGCUGUUUUUAUACAUGUAAUCAAAUCGUAGAGAAGACUAAAGCCACGCCCACUGUUUUUCUUAUUCAAAAUUCCAUUUCACCUGGAAAUACGUCAAUAUGCAUGUCUAAAGAAUCUCAACAUUCGGUUCACAGGGACUUUAACAGAAGAGAAACCCUCAUUUUCAGUUUUCCAAGAAUAACAUGCUGCCCAUCGCUUAAUGCAAGUUCGACAAAUCUGUUUCUGAUAUUUUAUUCUGGCUAAUGCACAAUUCCAAUAACAAACACUUGUCUUAACCUACAAUUCAAAAUAGUCAAUAAUCUGAUUCAUUGAUCAAUGUUGAUUAUUUCAAAGGGUCUUUAUUUCUUUGAUCAUUUUUUAGCAAAGUCCUUUAUUUUCACUUAAAAUGAUUAUACUGAUUAGAUAAGAUUAUCAUUCAAAAGGAAGUUACACCAAAAGAAUAUGGUCACACCAGGUUAUAGUAAUUACAACAUCUCUUUAUAUAAAAUGCAUUUGGUAUAUAAAAUAUAUGUUAGUGUUUGGUUCGUAAUAGGUUGAGUUCUUGUUUUAAAUACGCUUGGGACCAUAAAGCGGUAGUGUUUUUUCCACAUGAACUGAUUCCCUCUGCUGUCAGGUUCCUCUUCUAUAUAUAACCUGGGGGAUAAAUAUGAGAAUGGUU